AUGUCUGCUAUCCGUCUCUUCUUCCUGCUCGCUUGCUUUCUGGGCCUUGGAAGUUUCGUCGCCGCGUCAGAUAUCUCGUAUCAGGGCAUUCCCAGCUGUGCUAUCAAAUGUAUCUUCCAGGAGAUCAGCCAUUCGUCCUGCCCCUUAACGGAUCAAGAAUGCAUGUGUAAUGAUAACGUUUUGGCGGGAUACGUACAGGUAUGCGUCGAGGCAAAUUGCACUGUCAUGGAGAUGCUCGCGGCACGCAAUUCGUCAUUGGCUGCCUGUGGUGUUGCCCCUGCUCAGCAGGAUACCGUCAUGGCGUGGUUCAGGGCGGUUCUAUUCGCUCUACCAACCUUUUUCAUCAUCGUGCGAAUGGUGAACAAGUAUCUAAAGCUGUCGCCUUGGGGUUGGGACGACACAACCAUCGUCAUCGCCUAUGCCGUACUAGCAGCUUUCCUGCCAGCAGCAUAUCUAGCCGAAGAAACCGGUGCAGGGAGGGAUAUAUGGGCACUAUCAGAAAACCAAAUUACUGAUUUUCUUUUGCUCUUUAUCAUAUUCGGUAUGCUAUAUAUGACCUGCCUAGCCUUUAUCAAGGCCUCGAUCAUAUUUCUAUACCUGCGAAUCUUCCCCGACGAAACUUUCCGCCGAAUACUUUGGUGUACUCAGCUCUUCAACCUUCUUCUUUGGAUCGCUUUCAUCGCCGGUACCUUCGGCUCUUGUCAGCCCUUGCACUUCUUCUGGCAUGGAUGGAAGAGAGAUAUGGAAGGCAAAUGCUUCAACCUGAACGCCUUUGCCAUGUGCCAUGGCGCAUUGAACGUGGCUCUGGAUGCCUGGAUGCUUGUACUUCCAGCAACUCAAGUCUAUUCGCUGAGAAUGCAGCGCAAACAGAAGCUGGGUGUGAUGUUGAUGUUCAGCGUAGGAGUAUUUCUCACUGCCGUUAGUGCCUAUCGAAUCAAGGCCCUUCUCAUCUUUGCGACAUCAUACAACGUCACAGCCGACUCUUUCCAGAGCUCUCUCUGGUCCAACAUCGAGCUAUGUGUUGGCAUCUUUGUGUCUUGCCUUCCGAGCACACGUCAAGUCUGGAGGAAACUAUUCCCCAAGAUCCUCGAAGUAACACACCUGUCUUCGAGAUCAGCUAGAAUGUCUAGAUCAGCAAAGGGUUCACACUCUGCCAGCCAAGCCUCACGAUCGGCAGCGGACCCCAAUGAACGACCGCGACUCGUGUCCUACGAGGAGUCCUCGAUAGCGCAUCUGGUCGGAGACUUCAACGACAUCGACCUCAACAACCUCAGCGAUGCGAGCCCGAUGGAGAGGGACCCGCCGAAGACGCCCAAAAACAAUGUUGUGUUACAGAAUGAUCCUGUAUCAGGAAGCUCAAGAAGUAGUGAUGGAGUCAUGAGCCAGAAGGGCUGGGAUAGAUGA